AUGGGGAUCCUAGAAAAGCCCUCGCACCAGUUCUUCUCUUGGCUUUUUAAUAAGGGAUAUAAUGUCAAGGGGGUCAUUCGUGAUUCCUGGCACGCAAUCCGAUUUUCCCUGGCAUCUGCAGCUGGAGCUCUUAGUCAAAAGGGAGCUGAUGGAGGUGUCGGAGGUUAUAUUGUCGAAAGCUCCAUCUCUGAAGAGCGUCUUAGUCUUCUUAUUCGAUUGGCUGCUUCAACGAUCUCCAUAGGAGGAACACUAGCUCUAACGUACUUCCUACUUAAAAGGCUCGAUCCCCAGUACAAAGUUCGCCAAGAGGCCCGGAAGAAGACCAAAGAAAUUCUAACCACUCUUGGCGUAUCCCCAUCACUAAAAUUAACCGACUACGAGGUGUGCAUAGCCAUUAGUCUCGUAGAUGCCUCAACUCUGGAAACUUCUUGGAGUAGCAUCGGAGGUCUGGAGGAGAUUGUCACAGACCUCUGUGACUCCGUAAUUCUCCCUUUUAAGGCCGCGCAAGCUCUCAUGCCCCGAUCAAAACUUUUCCGAGCUCCCAAAGGAGUUCUUCUCUAUGGUCCUCCAGGUUGUGGUAAAACUCUCCUUGCUAGGGCAACUGCUAAAGCUGCUGGGGCGAGGUUCUUUAACCUUCAGGUAAGCAAUUCGCUGAUAUUCCUUCAAAGUGUUCUGAUCUGUUAA